UAAAAAUAUAAUUAUUCAUAAUGUAUGGGAUGCUUUUAGAAAGUAUACAACAUUUUGUUCAGUUGGAGUACGGUGAAGAUAUUUGGUCAGAAAUAUUACAAGAAACUGGUGUUAAAAAUGCAGUAUUUAAUACUCGACAAAUAUACUCAGAUACGCUGAUGCUUAAUUUGGCCGCAGCGUUGGCUGAUAAAAUCGGUGUAUCUGCUAAUAAAACUAUUGAAUUUUUUGGUAGAUGUUUUGUCAGAUUUUUUAGUAAUUUAGGAUAUGGAUGUAUGAUAAAAGCAACAGGCCGUUAUUUUUGUGAUUUUCUUCAAAGUGUUGAUAAUAUUCACAUCCAAAUGCGUUUCACAUAUCCGAAAAUGAAAAGUCCAUCGAUGUAUAUCACACAUAUAGAUCCACAUGGAGUUGUACUAGUGUAUCGCAGUAAUCGACAGGGAUUUACUCAUUAUUUAAUAGGAAUUUUGUUUCAAAUAGCUAAAGAUCUUUAUGAAACAAGUCUAGAUAUCCGUGUACUUGAAAGUUUAAACAACAUUCCUGGUUCGAGAAAUGUUAUGGUUAAAUUCCGUAUUGAUUUUGAUAAUCGUGAAUACACUGCUAAAACAAAUCGCAUGAAAGCGCCAAUUGGUAGAGAGCUUUCACCAGUAUCUUGUGGAUUACUCCUUCGAUUAUUUCCAUUUGGUGUUGUGGUUAAUCCGGAAAUGCGUAUUGAGGGCGCAGGUGAAAAAUUACUUCAAGUAUGGGGUGGUAAUACUUCUAUUUUAAACCGACAUAUUUGUGAAGUUUUUAAAUUACGUCGUCCUAAAGGCAUUUCUUUUACUUGGCGUAAUGUGAUUUAUUUGUAUUCCGUAAUGUUUGAACUCGAGUUAAUACGUUCAAAUGAAGUGAUAAUAAAUCGUGAUAAUAAUACAUCUGAUUGUGAUAAUAAUCCAGGAAGCUCUAAGUCUUCUGGUUUGGAACGAAAAGGCAGCCAGGGUGCCCGAAGUAUCCUUUUGAAGGGUCAAAUGCGAUAUAUCGAAGAUAUAAAAUCAAUUAUUUUUCUUUGUAGUCCUUUAAUAAAUAGUUUGGAUGAAUUACCCAGCAUGGGACUUUACUUGAAUGAUCUGAACCCACAUGGCAUGAGUCGUGAAAUGGUUCUAGCUGGUUGGCAGCAUUGCGACAGAUUGGAAAUGAUGUUCGAAAGAGCUGAACAAAGAUCACAGGAAUUAGAAACAAGCUAUACGUUACUAGAUCGUUGGAAAAAUAAAAGUGACGAGUUACUUUAUUCUAUGAUACCACAAACUGUUGCCGAUCGCUUGAGAACCGGUUCUAGUCCAUUAAGUACCUGUGAGUCAUUUGAAUCGAUAUCAGUAUUAUUUUGUGAACUAUGUGAUUUUGAUUACUCAACAAUCGAAGGCGUUAUGGAUAUUGUAUCUUCAAUGAACGCAGUAUUUUCUUGUUUUGAUUCAUUGAUGGAUAAAUUUAAUGUUUACAAGGUAGAAACAGUUGGACGUAUUUAUAUGGCGGCAAGUGGUGCACCAGACCGUACGAAACAUCAUGCGAGAAAUAUAGCAGACGUAUCAUUGCAACUGAUUAAUCGUGUACGGUCUCUCCAAUUACCGUCGGGAAUAGACAUACAAAUACGUAUAGGAAUUCACUCAGGACCUGCUGUUGCGGGUGUUGUUGGUAUUAAAGUACCGAGAUAUUGUUUUUUUGGUGACACUGUCAAUACAGCGUCACGUAUGCAAUCAACUGGACUGCCAGGAAAAGUGCAUGUAUCACCGGACACAAAAGCACUGCUCCCGAGUGAUCGUUACCAUAUUGAAUCCCGAGGGGUAUUGUGGGUCAAGGGGAAAGGUCACAUGGAAACUUAUUGGCUUUCUGCAAACGAAAACUCACCCAAGAAUGAAACCUAAAUUUAGACGAUUAAAAUAAAACUAUAAAUU